AUGAUUCGGAGCACUCCUAAAACCCACAGCCGCCGGGCACGCUGGCUGGUUCGAUCCCUCGUGAGCGGCGAUGAGUUUCAGCACAUCCUGCGUGUGCUGAACACCAACGUGGACGGCAAGCAGAAGGUCAUGUACGCCAUGACCGCCAUCCGCGGCCUCGGCCGGCGCUUCUCCAACCUGGUCUGCAAGAAGGCCGAGGUGGACAUGAAGAAGAGGUGA